CCCUAACUUUUAUUAUGAAAGCAUUUCCGUUUCGCCUGUCAUUACUCGUUUUCACAUCGCUGACAUGCGUAUCCUCACUUAUUCUGUCUCGCGCCGUGUUCAACAUUUAUAAAUAAAUGUAUUGAUAAAGGCCGAUGGAGCUCCUUCCUAUUCUCGAGCCUGAAGAAACGCCUAAGAACAGACAAUGGUAUGUUCUCGUGCCCACAGGUGCUGGUCCUGGUGUUUCCGUAGGUCACACAUGCACAUUUCUGCCUUCGAAAGAUGGGGGCAAGGGACAUAUUGUAUUGGUGGGUGGGGCCAAUCCCAAUGGAAGCUUCUCUGAGUCUUACAUCAUAAAUCUAGAUACUCACGAAUGGGACAUUCCGGGAUGGGACGGGCUGCAGGCGCGUUAUGAACACUGUGGUUUCGUUACUGAGAGCGACUCGCAGGCCCCGCGUGUGUUUGCCGGGGCCGAUCAGACCGGAAACCUCAACUGCGUUCAAAUCUUGCACACAUCAGAGGAUAUUAAAGGACAUGGUUUGUGGAAGACGGUCCAGGUCAAAGGAACUCCUCCUUCAGCCAGAACGUAUCAUACAAACUCAGCGUGUAUCGGGGACCGACUCUUUGUUUUCUCAGGAGGGGAUGCUGGGGCCACACCUGUUACUGAUCCUCAAGUCCAUAUUUUUGAUACAGUCAGUGCCACCUGGACGCAGCCAGAGACCAAAGGGACACCUCCCGCUCCACGCCACGGACAUGUGAUCGCAGCGGUGGGAACAGUUCUGUACAUUCACGGUGGAAUGGCAGGAGAGAAGUUUUACAGUGACAUGCUCUCGCUGGACACCGAAACUAUGAAAUGGGAGAAGGUGAAAGCUAAAGGAGAUAUUCCUCCAGGAGUGGCAGCCCACGCAUCCGUAACCUUUGAUAGAAACAUCUUCAUCUUUGGAGGAAUGACAUCAGAGGGGGCAACAAAUUCCAUGUUCAAGUUUCACUGUGAUAAACAGCGAUGGACGUUGAUGAAGUUUGAAGGAGAUCUUCCUCCCGGCAGAUUGGAUCAUUCCUCUUGUUUAGUGCCGUGGCGUGUGAAGACGGGAAACGAUGAAGAACACGCAACUCAAAACUCUGAACCUGAUGUUACACAUCUUUGUUUUGUCUUUGGAGGAAUGGACACUCAGGGUUUGAUAUUCAAAGAUUGUCUCGUUACAGUAGUUACAUGACUGCUGUUGUGCUUUCCAAUAAAUUUCUCUCAAAGUUUUGUUGGGCUUUAUCUGUAGUCAAAGAAUUCAUGUACAUCACAAAAGUUUAAAAGUCUCGAGUUUAACGAUGUCCUAUUUUUUUACUAUUAUACCACUUUGACAUUUGACUUAUAAAGUUCAAUAGAAAACUGGAAAUACCAAAGAAAAGAGAUUCAGAGUUUCUGUAACAUGCAUUUUUUUCCACCAUGUAUUUAAAUAAAUAAAAUCAUAGUGACAAAACCAUGAAUUGUUUAGACUUUAAAGUCACCAUGAAAUCAAACAGGAACAUUCCAAGUGUUUUACACAGUGAUUAUUAUAAAUGAUUUAUCUGUGCACGCCAUUGCUUUUUCAAAAUUAAUUUGCACUUGUAAUCUUUAAUCAAAAACAUCAAUCUCCUCUCCCCCACUCAACAACAACUCUUCACCACAUGACGUCAGCAACAAAAAAGAGGUAGAACUAUACUGACUGUCCAAUGGCCAGGCAUUUUUAGCCCUCCCCUGCAGGCCCAACUUACAACCAACCAAUCAAAAAGGGAAGGGCAAAAUAAAGCCCCGCCCUUCAUUUUUUUCUAAUUUCAGAAGCCCAUUUCACUCAGAUAUACGUCACGAUACAAAAAAGUCAAUCGCAAAUUCCGUUUCAUGGUGACUUUAAAUUAAACAAACAUUUCAGUCACCAUUUUAACAUCACAUUUGAAUGAGACAAACGACAGAUGAUCAUUUUGUAUGAAACAUUUAUUUUGUAUUUUUAGUAGAAAUGUCUUCUACAGUUGCCAGAUUUUAAAUAAAUAACAUUCAUAUGUUACAUGACAAUUACCCAGGGCCCAAACCCCAUCUACCCCUCCCUCCUCAAACUGCCCCUCACAGAACCCACCCCCCGUUGAACUGCCUGAGAAUAGCAGCAUCGAGCCUCAAACCAGGCUGACUAAAUCUCCACCUGAGUGAAGAAAAAAAAAACAACAACUCUCCAACGCUCCACAAGUCUUUCCAGAAGAGAUACGUGG